ACAAGCCAGAAAUUUUUGUGUGUGUGCGACGUCGGUUUUUUCGUCGUCGCGAUUUUUUAAAUAAACUGGAGGCAUUCGCAAAUAGUCUAAGUUUAAUUGACCAGGAAUUUGUGCAUAAUGUCGGUUGUGACAUCCAGCUGUUUGUGAAGAAGCGCCUGAGUUGUGGCGUUCUUCUUUUUCCACCUGUGGGCAAUUACCGCCGUUAUCUCAUCCAUCAAACAUGUGAGAAAUACCGCCAGCAGUACGAUCUGUUCACCUUUUCAGUGGGCCAAGGGCCGCAGCGCCGUACCGUCCUUUGCUUUCGCAACCAGCUCCUCGAUCCAAGCGGUUUUGAGGCUCGCAAGCAGCAGCAACAAAGGGAAAAGGAGAGAGAGCGGCGCCAGCCAACGCGUGGGAGGGAGCGGGAUAGAGAGAGGGAGACAGCGAAGAGCUGGAGGAGCAACAACAAUUCACAACAACAGGUUACAAACGGCAGAAGCAGCAGCGCCAGCAGGAAAAACAUAACGGAGCUCUGUAAGAUGGGCGUUAAGAAGCAUAUCGGCGAAUCACCAUUAAGCAAAUCGAACUCGGUGGAUUUAUACAGACCGCCAGCCUUGAGGAACAACAAUAGCAAUAACAACAACAGCAGUAGUGAGGAAGCAGGUGCAGCGAACGAAGCAAUAACAACAAUUAACUCAACAACUAUAGCUGCAGGCACGGCAAUAGCUAUAGCUACAAAUCCUACCUCUAAAGAAUCCCCAAACAGCAGAGAGCAACAGGCGGACGGCUCAGCAGCUGCGACCCGUCGCGAACGCCGUCCCGAUCGAGCGGUUUAUGUGCCAAGGGCACGGCGCAGCCAGACUACACCACCGACCACAACAACAACAUCGAUAGCGACAGCAGCACAACCGCCAGCGGCUACGGAAACGGUUACAACAGCGGACUCGCCGCCAGUUGCAGAUACAAACUCAAGUAAGGCGGACGAUCAGCAGCAGUCCAAGUCAAAGAAAUCGAAAUCGCACCGCAGAGAACGAGGCAAGAAAUCAACAGCUAUAUCUGCAUCUAUAGCAGCAGAUAACGCCACUGUACUCGUUAUAGCGGGGACUGAAAACGAUACUCAACCAAACCAAGAGAACCGACCGGCCAAGCCAGCGGACUGUGAUAAAGAGAUCAUGAGUGGCUCCCAGCGUACAAAGCCAAGCAAUGGCAACAAAUCAGCCAGCAGCGGCAAAUCCCAGGCAUCUCCACCACUGCGCAUCGAGGAUGUGGUGGUAUCUAGGACUCCAAACGGUGAAGAGGCGGCCAAAUGUGAUAACGAUGUGCGCGAACUGCAGCGAGCCUCAAAGGAAAUCAAUCGCAGCAAUCGUCGCAUCAUGAAACAAACCUUCGUCUCGGAUGUGCUGGAGAUCCCCGAAAAGAUCGAGGCAGCGGCACCCAAGGCGAUCCAAUCCCCUCAAGCAGAAGCCACAGAGAAACCACCUGCAGACAGCACCACCGAAGAUGAUGACGAGGAGGACGAAGAUGACUGGGAAAACAUGUUUGACGAGAGCGGCGACUGUCUGGAUCCCAAGAUUCUCCAAGAACUGAGUGAAUCUGUGGGCAAAUGCAAAAUCGAGCUGCCCAAAAUGGACUACAGCGUGUUUCACAUCAAACAACAGCUGCUCAACGAGGAAGAGUUUCCCCACGUCCUGGAGGUGUCCAAUUUUCCAGUAGAGUUCAAAACACCCGAUCUGCUCAUGCUUUUCGCACAGUACAAGGGCAGCGGCUUCGACAUCAAGUGGGUGGACGACACCCAUGCUCUGGCUGUGUUUAGCAGUUCCCGCAUCGCUGCUGAAGUGCUGACAAUGGGACAUCCCUUUGUGAAGUUGAAGCCACUGGCGGAGGCCACGCUCGAGUCCCGACUGAAGGCGAAGAAGGCCGGAGCCGUUUCGCUACAGCCGUAUCGCCAGCGACCGGAAACAUGCACGGCUUUGGCCCGGCGUCUUGUGUCCGGCGCAUUGGGGGUCAAACUGCCCACGGCGCCGCAGGAGCGGGAGAACGAGAGGCGAGUACUACGCGAAGCCAAAGAACGCAAACUGUUAGCUGCCAAACAGCGGGACGAGGUCUGGGAGAGCUAGACCGCGGCCUCGGAAGAAGGCAAGGUGCAUUUUUCUCAACCCAUCAAUAAUACUGCAACAGCAACAUAAAGAUCAACAAAAACCACUAUCACUACCAACCAUUAACGCCCACAACAAAAAAAUUUCUCAAUCAAAGCUAAUGCAUGCUAAGCAAUGUACUUUAAAUGUUCGCUUUUUGUGCAAUUAACACAGAUUUUUGCUCAAUUUGUUGUAGUUUUUAGAGGAUGCAUGAUAGUGAUGUAAUGCAUAUUAUAUCAGUUAGGCCAUAAGAGAGAAAUAUCUAUAUUUAUUGGUAUUAGCAAGUAAACAUGCAUAGAUACAUAUGUACGUGUUGUUUUAACUCCAGGCGUAAACCUUAAUUUUUAAGCGCGAGCAAUUUAUAUAUUGAUAUAUAUUUUAAUAAAGUUUAUAGAAUAAGUGAGACAAA